AUGGGGCGGAAGGCAAAAUUUGACGAGACAAAAAUUGUCAAAAAAGGACCCGGGAGGAAAGCGCGUAAGCAACCCGAUCCAGUUUUUAAAAAAGAACUCUUAGUGGAUGAUGAAAGUGAAAAUAAGAAACUAAGUCACCGUCAGAAACAGAGGGCAGCAAGGAGAGCUAAAAAAAAGGCUGAAUUAGCUGAAAAAAGAAAAGCUGCAAAGCUGGCGAAAAAGGAUCCAAAACCUAAGGCAGAAAAAGAUGUUAUUGAAGAUGAGGAUUCAAGUUCUGAUGAAGAAAUUGAUGGAGGUUUCACUGAUGAUAAUAAAGAUUGGUUAACUUUAAAGAAAAAUGGUAAAACCAAAUCUGAGCUACAACAUCCUGAAACUAAAGAGAGUGAUGAGGAAAUAGACUCCGAAGCUGAAGAGAGUAAUGAGGAUGAUGGUGAAGGGGAAAAAAAUGCUAAAAUUGUCAAUGGAAAAGAAAAAUACAAGGUUGGGACUUUGGAUGAUCUAUUUGAAGAUUCUGACAAAGACAUUGAAAAUGAAAUUGAUGAUGAGGCUGAUAGUGAUAAUGACACAACAAAAAUGAAAUAUGACUCUGACUCAAGUGAUGAAGAUGUAAAAGACGGUGAUGAGGAAGAUGUACCAACUGGUUUGGACUUUGGCACUGAGGGUUUCGUGAAAUAUAGGCAUCAUAGAUUCCACCCAUCACUUAAAUUAACUAGGAGAUUUUACCCACACACACAUAACAUGGAUGGAUUUUUCGUGGCCAAGUUCAAAAAGUUUUCAAAUGUUAUUCCGGAACCAUAUAAAGACGAAGAUGACGAGGAGACAGAAAAUAUUGACGCUCAACCGACUCUGGAAAAUGGUGAAACCGAUUCCAAAGAAGAAAAGGUGAUUCAAGUAAAUGCAGCGGUUAAACGACCUGCAGCUCCUGAUGCAAAGGAGCCACAGAAAAAGAAAACGGCACCAUACAAAGAAAGUGAGAAUGUUAAAGAAAUGAAAAAAUCUGUAGUUAAUAAGGAAAAGAAAAAUCGAGGGAAAAAACAUAAACGAAAGGGAGAUAACACUCAGUCUGAACCUCAAAUUAAUGUAUCAAAUCAAAACAAUGAAUCCUGCUUCGGGGGAAGCGGGAGAGAGAUCAAGGGGGCCGUGGAUUUUCCUCGUCCGGGGCGGCCCUGGCAGCGGCCGGGGACCUUAAUGAAAAGCGGGCCCGCGCAGCCCCGCGCCCCCCCGACCGGAGGCUGCCGGUUGCCAGUAUCCCGCGGACCGCGCCGUCGCAUGUACGCUCGCCGCUCCCCCGCCGAUCGACGGAAAGCGCAGCACGUCCUGACCGCUUUAACAUACCGAGGAGUGCACGUUCGUAUCAGCAUCCGCAAUUCAGUUCGCGUUUCAUACACGAAAAAGUGCUGGGACCUCCGCCGCGCGGAAGCGCACGCGGGCGGGGCGCUUUGUUCGCCGUACUACGCCCGCGGCGGAGCGGAGGCUGGGGCGCGCAGCAUCCCUCGCCAUGUUGCCAUGUCCACCCAACGCAUCGAUGCU